UUUAUAUAUUUCAUGCACCGUCACACAAAUGUUCUAUAUAAUUGCAUGGUUCUUCCAAACACACUUGUUCAUUCCACAAAUAACUUAAGCUUAAGGGAUUGAUAGUAAUAAUUAACUAAGUAAUGGCGGCACCAUUUCCUCAUCACUUGUUUGUUACACUGUCCAUUAUUCUUUCUGUUCUUGCUUGUUCUAUUAUGAUGAGCAAUGCACAACUCUCACCAAAUUUCUAUGCCAAAACUUGUCCAAAUCUUCAGGCCAUUGUGCUGAGUGCAAUGAAGCAAGCUGUUACCAAGGAACCUCGAAUGGGGGCUUCCAUACUUCGCUUGUUCUUCCAUGAUUGCUUCGUUAAUGGGUGUGAUGGAUCAAUCUUAUUGGAUGACACAUCCACAUUCACAGGGGAGAAAAGUGCAGGACCAAAUCAAAAUUCAGCUCGUGGUUUUGAUGUGAUAGACUCCAUUAAAAGCAAUGUUGAAGCUGCUUGCAAUGCUACUGUAUCUUGUGCUGACAUUCUUGCACUUGCUGCUAGAGAUGGAGUAGUUCAGCUAGGAGGACCUUCAUGGACAGUUGGGCUAGGAAGAAGGGAUGCAAGAACAGCAAGCCAAAGUGCAGCCAACAACCAAAUCCCUUCACCAUUCUCCGACCUUUCCACUCUCACUUCCAGGUUCGCCGCCAAAGGCUUAAACGCUCGCGAUCUCACCGCCCUCUCCGGCGCCCACACCAUUGGCCAAGCUCAAUGCCAGUUCUUCAGAAACCGCGUCUACAACGAAACCAACAUCGACGCUAACUUCGCCACAUCACGGAAAGCCAACUGCCCUUCCGCCGGAGGGAAUGCAAACCUCUCCCCUCUCGAAACCCUAACUCCAGCUCGGUUCGACAACAAUUACUAUAGAGAUCUUGUUGCCAAACGCGGCCUUCUUCAUUCGGAUCAAGUGCUUUUCAAUGGUGGGACUCAAGAUGGUUUGGUUCGGUCUUAUAGUGCCAAUAGUGUUUCUUUUUUCAGUGAUUUUGCUGCUGCCAUGGUUAAGAUGGGAAAUAUUAGUCCUCUCACUGGGACUAGUGGGGAGAUUAGAAAGAAUUGUAGGGUGGUGAAUUAAUUAUUGAUCAUACCAUGAAAUUCAAUUCUCUCUUUUAAGAAUUGUGUUCUAGUAAUAAAAUUAGGGCACAUGUAUGAGCAAUUGAUGUGAAUAAAUGACCAUAUACGAGAGAUUUUGAGUGAA